UGGCACGAGAUUUGACGAGAUAUUGCGAGAAAAAAUAAGCGAUAACUUCCGGUUGUGAAAAGUAGACUAAAAGUAAUCAAGCCGAAACAGCAUAACGCAUAAUUGAUGAAUAACUUGUUUGCUUUUUGUAAUGACAGUGUUAUGAUUGAAUAAACAAAGAAAAUGAAUCCUGGGGAGCAGCCCCUGUUUUCAACGAAGGCACAUGUCUUCCAAAUUGAUCCAGAUACAAAGAAAAACUGGAUUCCGGCCACAAAACAAGCGACCAACAUUUCGUAUUACUAUGACAAUUCUCGUAACUCAUACAGAAUUAUUGGAGUAGAUGGCCAAAAGGCUGUUGUGAACAGUGUCAUCACACCAAAUAUGACUUUUACGAAAACCUCCCAGAAGUUUGGUCAGUGGUUGGAUCCACGAGCUAAUAUAGUUUACGGUCUCGGGUUCCCUACAGAGGUGGAUUUAACGAAGUUCAUUGAAAAAUUUAAAGAAAUUAAAGACUUAACUCGACAGAAUUCGUCACAGCUAAUUCAGGAAAUAAAUGGUGGUUCGGACAAUCAGACAGGAUCACCACUCAUUAACCAUAAAGUUCAUCAUUCACGUAACAGCAGUAUUUCAUCAAUUCAGUCUAGUGACAGUGGUAGUCUGCGGGAAAGACGGAACUCUUUAACUCAGGGAGGACAGAAUGCAACAACAACAUCCAAUAGUCAAACAGAAGUUCAACUCAAGUAUGAAAAUGAUCGAUUAAAACUCGCCCUUGCUCAAAGUUCAGGGAAUGCUAAGAAAUGGGAGGUAGAAUUACAAACUUUAAAAAAUAACAACGCUCGUUUAACAGCAGCGUUACAAGAAAGUACGUCUAAUGUUGACGAGUGGAAGAAACAGCUAGCAUCUUAUAAAGAAGACUGUAAUCGCCUUAAAACUAAGAUGUUAGAAAUGGAAGAAAGUCACCAGCAAAAAUUACAACAGGAAGUGAAGUCAUUACAACAGGAAGUUGAGCAGUUACAGCAGAUACAACAGUCGAAAGAUAAGGAGAUAGAUGAGUUAGUGUUAAAAUUCAACAAUAUGAGUAGUACAGACGAUAGCAAUACAGCGUUACAAUCUCGUAUUCAGACACUUGAAGAAGAAAAUCACGAUUUAUCAGUCAAAGUUGAAGAUCUGCAGAGAUUAUUGGGCGAAUCUCGCGUAUCUCAAGAUCGUGAAAACAGUGAUCUAAUCAAGUUACAGGAACAACUAGGUCACAAAGUGACGGAACUUUAUGAACUCCAUGAACAAAUAGUGUCCACGAUAAAAAAAGAAUCAAAUUCAUAGCGAUUGGAUACAACAUCAACAUGUGAUCAGCUUCCAAAUUUAUCAUUGACCGAUUUACUCUAGUUGUGAAAAUAGUGCAAGGAGCUGAAAAAAGAGGGUUUUGCUCAGAUGACACAGUUGUGAAUUUUGUUAUUUUUCCAAAGAUUUUGCAAUAAUUUUAAGAAUUUUGUUUAAAUUAUACAGUUGUGAAUUUCAACAUGGGUGAUCUGUUUAUUUCCAAGGAUUUUUGCAAUAAUUUUACGAUUUUUGUUUUCCUGAUGAGGUUGUGAAUUUAUACGUGGGUAAUUUUUUAAAGGAUUGUUUUUUUGGGGGGGUUUUGAUGUUAAAGCUAGUAAAGGGAGUGUUACAUUAAUUUAUUAUGAUGGGAUUUAAAAAGAAAAUCUGAUUUUGUCUGAUAUUUGAAACAUUUUCUUGAUCAUACAAAGUUAUGGCAAUUGGGCCUUAAACCCCGAUUCCCGCUCGAUAAAUUGAAUCCUGCUAGAUCGAAUAAGAUUUUUCUUUUCAAUUAAAAUCAAUUAACUGCCUCAAAAUUAUUUCAUUCUUUCCAAUGUUUAUAUUAGUCAACCCAACUAGGCAUUACUCUGUAUUUAUUGUUUCAAUUCAUCAAUUUUAUCGUAAAACAUGAGGCUCACUGGCGUCGAUUGAAAUGCAUCCUUCGUCAAACAAAGUCAAGUAAGAUAAAAUGAAAUGAAGACGGAUCAAGUGUUCAAAUGAAACCAGAUUUCAUACGAUUGAUGCCUAUGGGAUUGCACUCUAAUACAAAGUAGUCUCUUUUGUGCAACUGAUUUUAGAUCAGUGUAGGACAAGCGUCUCCUUUUGAUGACUUUUGCCGGUCAUUAAUGGGCUGGAUUUAAAAUUGACCAGCAGAGCAAAUUGGACUUUGGUCAAAACCCUUGUUCAUUGCAGUGUUUAAUAAGGGUAAUUGGAAUGGUGGUAUUCAUUUUGGUAUAUACAGCCCAGGGAUCUUAAUCGGCUGAUUUUGAUAUUUGAAAAUUAGCACAGUUAGUUGUUCAGAUUUGUCAGAUUUGGUACAUAUAACUGUCAAACCUCUACCAAGAUAAAUUGUUUCAAUGGCAUUUAGUAAUUGAAAUGGAGUAUACAGGUCACAAUUCUAUUGAAUACAAUCACUGCUUAUUACUGACUAGAGCCGCUCAGUGAUAAGCAGUAAUUGUAUUCCAUAGAAAUGUGACUACCAAGAUACAUUUCACUGUGGUAGAUUCCUUUGUAUUCAUUUCUAUCUUAGUCUAAGCUGGAACUCUUUAAGAUUACAGACCUUCAAUGUUGAUUGUG